ACCAACAGACAGAGAGAUUGAUGGGAUUACAAGGAGAAAUGAAGGGGCAAGAUCUGCAAAAAAUUGAUCACCCAUGCCAUCCUCACCUACUGGAACUUAGAGAAUCACUCCAAGGCCAUGGUGGCUGCUAUGGUGGUGGAGAUCAGCAAGUUUACUGCAACGGAUGCAGGGAACCAAUCUCUUCUUCAUCAUCAGGAGUAUGGGGAGGAGGAGGCGCUUUCUAUGCUUGCCCCAACUCCGAUUGCUGGUUUUUGCUGCACAAACGCUGUGCAGAAUUGCCCCCUGAAAUCGAGCAUCCCUCUCACCCGACGCACGCCCUCACUCUUUCUCCCUUUGUCCUAUAUGAACAUAGAUGCGACGUCUGCCGCUCCAUAACUGAUGGUUUCGUUUACCGUUGUUCCAGCUGCGACUUCGAUGUCCACGUACGCUGUGCUUCAAUGGUGCUCCGUAUCCAAGAAAGGGUCAAUGAGAACAAGAAGAUUCAUGAACACUCGUUGAUGCCCCUCGAGAUGGAAGCCCAGUUCCUGUGUGCUGCCUGCGAUAGAGAACAUAAAGGCAAAUCCUAUCUUUGCCCCACCUGUGGCUUCUGGGCCAAUCAGAUUUGUGCUUCUGCGCCAACCACGGUUAACCUUCACCGCCACCCUCACCCUCUCGCUCUCUUUCGUUCAACUUUUGGCUACUUUGGGAAUUGUGAAAUCUGCAACGAGGAAGUGAAGAGAGCGUAUUGGGCCUAUGUUUACUCGGAGGGAUGCCAGGAUUUCAAAGAAAAGAUUAUUCUUAUCACUUUGCCAGUGCCAGAUGAAUUUGCUGAAUUAAUGACCCAAUUGAUCAAAAAGCUCUGCUUACAAGGAACACAUAAAAGAGCCACCAAGAUUCUCCGUUGCAAAGAAGACCACCCGUUGAUUUUUGUCAACAAGAAAAUUGACGAGUCUAAGGAUGACCAACUAUGUGACGGUUGUGCACAAACCAUCUCAUCCCAAUUCUACCAUUGCGCUCAAUGCAACUUUUCUCUUCACGAGUGGUGUGCUGAAUUACCUAACAAAUUGCGACACAUACUUCAUCCAGAACACUCACUUUCACUUUGCUUGCAUACACAACAAGAAAAGUAUUUUUCUUGCAUCUAUUGUGAUAGCUGUGGUAUGCCCACCAACGGGUUUGUCUUCGGCUGCCUCACUUGUCACUUCAACCUUGAUCUCAAAUGCGCUUCACUUCCAGGAGCAAUCAAACACCAAGUUCAUGACCACUAUCUUGCCUUGAGGAGGGUAACAAGCAAACAUUCCUGCAAUGCAUGUGGAGUAUUUUGCUUUGCAUACUUCACUAUUUUUCAAUGUGAAGGUUGCAAUUUCACAUUGUGCAUUGAAUGCGCUCUUCUUCCAUUUUCAGUCAGGCAUAAAUAUGACAAAAACCCAUUUAUUCUUACUUAUUCCCCCAUCAAAGGCCAGCCUGAUGAGUAUUAUUGCGAAAUUUGCGAGGAGGACAUUAAUUCCAAGUAUUGGUUCUAUCAUUGCAUCGAAUGCGAUCAAUCUCUACAUCCAAAAUGCAUCUAUCCUAUUGAACGAUAUUUGAAUAUCAAGUUUGGUGCUCGCAUGGAAGUGAAUUUUCACUCCGACCCUCAUAGUUGCAUCCGCCGCCCCAAGGCGAGGGUUAAAGACCAGUGUUCUUUGACCCGUGGCUGUGCUUCUGGAAAUUUGGACAACGUGGCCUAUGAAUGUGAGCAAUGUGAUUUUUGGAUGCACUUCAGCUGUCUUACACGGUACUUAAUUGAGUAA